UGCUGUUUGGCAGUCAAGAGUGUUGAGAGUGGUAAUGGUGGGAAGUCCACAUUCAUCAGAUGUAGAUUUAAUCAGAGAUCACUCCUGAUUUCUUUAUACCUAGAAUUGUAGGGUGGGUGUGACUACUCCAAAGUGCACAACGGGGUCCCCUGCUCCCAGUGGCACCUUCCUCCAGCACCAUCCAAAGCUCAGGCAAGAGAGCAGCAGUAAGGUCUCAGAAAGGGGAAAGUCACCGUGGGGGGUUUCAGCGAGAGGUGGAGUAAGUUUUUCUCAGAGAUGUCUCUCCUAAUUAUCACUGUAUUUUCUUCUUUAGAUUGUCCAUUUGUGCAGGAGGAUCAGAUGUCCAACAGCAGUUCCAUCAGUGAGUUCCUCCUCCUGGCAUUCGCAGACACACGGGAGCUGCAGCUCCUGCACUUCGCGCUCUUCCUGGGCAUCUACCUGGCUGCCCUCCUGGGCAACGGCCUCAUCCUCACAGCCAUAGCCUGCGACCACCACCUCCACACCCCCAUGUACUUCUUCCUCCUCAACCUCGCCCUCCUCGACCUGGGCUGCAUCUCCACCACUCUCCCCAAAGCCAUGGCCAAUUCCCUCUGGGACACCAGGGCCAUUUCCUACUCAGGAUGUGCUGCACAGGUCUUUUCAUUUGUCUUCCUUAUAUCAGCAGAGUUUUUUCUUCUCACCAUCAUGUCCUAUGACCGCUACAUUGCCAUCUGCAAGCCCCUGCACUAUGGGAGCCUCCUGGGCAGCGGAGCUUGUGCCCACAUGGCAGCAGCUGCCUGGGGCAGUGGGGUUCUCUAUGCUCUGCUACACACUGCCGGUACAUUUUCACUGCCCCUCUGCCAAGGCAAUGCUGUGCAGCAAUUCUUCUGUGAAAUCCCCUCCAUCCUCAAGCUCUCCUGCUCAGACUCCUACCUCAGGGAAGUUGGGCUUCUCACGUUCACUUCCUUUUUGGGUUUUGGAUGCUUUGUUUUCAUUGUGCUCUCCUACAUGCAGAUCUUCAUGGCAGUGCUGAGGAUGCCCUCUGAGCAGGGACGGCACAAAGCCUUUUCCACGUGUGUCCCUCACCUGGCUGUGGUCUCACUCUUCUUCAGCACUGUCAUAUUUGCCUACCUGAAGCCCUCCUCCAUCUCCUCCCCAAACCUGAACCUGGCAGUGGCAGUUCUGUACUCAGUGCUGCCUCCAGUAUUGAACCCCUUCAUCUACAGCAUGAGGAACCAGCAGCUCAAGGAUUCAAUAUGGAAACUGUUGAUCAGGUUUUCAUCAGUGGCCACAGACUGUCUACCUUUUUCUGCAAAUGACUCCCACUGUGUGUCACAACGGGCACUCUUGCCUUUCUCUUUGGUGUUUGCUGGUUUGUUUGGUUGUUUUUCCUUUGUGUCCUUGUGA